AUGAGCACAACAAACAAUUCAAGAACAAGCUCAGCAUCCAUUCUUCCAGCAACAACGAGCCAAGUAACAACAAUAAAUCCAGGAGAAAGGUCAAAAAUAGCGAAUUCAACAGUGAAUGCAACAACAACAAAUUCAACAACAGCGAAUGCAACAGCGAAUUCCACACUGGCAACUUUCACAACAGCGAAUUUAUCAACAACAGAUUCAACAACAGCAGAUGGAACAGCGAAUUCAACAACAGCAAACGGAACAGCGAAUUUAUCAACAACAAAUUCAACAACAGCAAACGGAACAGUGAAUUCAACAACAACAAAUUCAACAACAGCGAAUGCAACAGUCAAUUCAACAACAACAAAUACAACAUCAGCGAAUACAACAGCCAAUUCAACACCAACAAAUUCAACAGCACCAAGUGCAACAACGAGACAAACAAUAAAUUUAGCAACAGCAAAUGUAACGACAAGCAAGCUGAACAUCGCAAAAGACAUAUUCACCGUCGGAACCUGGAAUGUAAAAACAUUGUGGGCAACGGGGAAACUCGAACUGCUACGAAAUGAAAUGAAGCGGUACAAAUAUGAUGUUAUUGGCAUAUCAGAAGUCCGUUGGACAGGAAAAGGUGAAACAUUAAGCGGCGACUUCAUCUAUUCAGGAGAAAGCAACAUACAUACCAAAGGUGUUGGGAUCCUGCUCAGUGCAAAAGCGAGAAAAUCACUUUUGUGCUAUAAUCCAAUCGACUCCCGAAUAAUCACGGCAAGAUUCAAAGCAACACCAUUCAACGUAACAAUAGUUCACGUUUAUGCUCCAACAGCCGAAGCAUCGGAAGAUGACAUCGAGUCGUUCUACGACAGCGUGGAGAACGCUAUAGCCGAAGCGCCCAGAAAAGACAUAAUUAUUAUUACUGGUAAUUGGAAUGCAAAGGUGGGUGAUGAUAAUGUAGGCUGGGCGUCCGUCAUGGGCAAGCACGGUUACGGAAAAAGAAACGAACGAGGCGAAAGACUGUUGGAGUUUGCAGCUGAACAUAAUUUAUUUAUUUGCAACACCAGAUUCCAACAAAAACCAAGUCGAAAGUGGACAUGGGAAGCACCAGAUGGUCUUCAUAAGAACAUGAUUGAUUUCGUAAUGAUCCAGAAACGAUGGAAAACAUCUGUCAUCAGCUGCAGAACAUUUCAAGGUGCUGACAUUAGUUCAGACCACUCCUUAGUACUGUGCAAUAUCAAAUUGCGAUUUAAAAAAAUUGCAAAACAAGCCACGGCACAACCAACGGGUUGA